CGAAAGUUACGUCAAACAAAAUCCAAUGAUGUGAGAACACAAGAAACAGAAGUUCAUUAUCAUAUAGAACAAUGAAGUAAUAGAUAAUUCCCUAAAGAAAAAUACCUACAAUAUGGAAAGCGUUAAGAAUUUCUCGGUGUCUCUAAUUAAAGGUUUUAUAGAUAGCCUAAGAGGGGUGACAGUCCUAUUAUACUUGGAUAAAGAGAUCAACGAAAGCCUGAGUCGGUCGCCCCAUAAAGAUGCAGAGGGUAAACAAAAACAGAAGGCCCCUAAAGUUCAGCAGGAAUCAAAAGUACUUACUAGGGUAUUGCAAUCAUGCAUAUUAAACGGCUUUAUAUUCUUACUCAGUAUAUUAGUAUUUGAAUAUGUGCUGCUGCCUUCAAUGAAGUACUUAGUAACGGUUGUGUUCGGUCACAAUCCUGGCGUAGCGCACAGUGUGUGGGGCUGGAUGCAGCCAUUCCUGUCCAUGACUUUCCGGAUGAUAUGGGUGCUACCUUUGUUCCUCUUGAGCAAGUUGGUCAACAGCUUGUGGUUUCAGGAUAUUGCUGACUCGGCGUAUCGACACCGGCGCGGGCGGCCGCAGUUCAUGUCGAGCGUCAGCAAAAUCAUUGCAGACUCCUUGUUCAGCAUAUUGGUGCAAGCUUUAUUUCUAGUUCAGAGUAUGCUAGUCAGUAUGCUUCCAAUCACAUACAUCGGUGAGCUGCUAUGCCUCGUCCACAUGUGCCUGCUGUACUCGCUGUACUCGUUCGAGUACAAGUGGUUCAACAUGGGCUGGGAGCUGCACAAGCGGCUCACGUUCAUCGAGACCAACUGGCCGUACUUCCUCGGGUUCGGGCUGCCGCUGGCCGUGCUCACGCAGAUACCCAGCUCUUAUAUCAUAAGUGGUUGUGUGUUCUCUAUUUUCUUCCCGGUGUUCAUACUGAGCGGUAACGAAGCGACACCGGUUAUUGGAAGUGAGUACCCCCUCCGUCUGUUUUCGCCGGUGGUGGCGAUUUCCAACGGCAUGUUCCGGUUCGUGCGGCAAGGGGCCGAGGCCGUCACUCAGCGCAGUAGGUGAUCUUUAACUUAGGUUAACCUUUUGACCGUCCUCCUUUGUAAUCAGUGCUGGGAUAAUGGUUAAACAUAACAUAGAUUCGUUGAGUGUACGGGCACAAUCACAAACAUCUUUAUAACCUUUGGACAGGUCCGAUUGGCAGCGAACAGCGAUCACCGAAAAGCGAUGCUGUCUAAGUGCGUUUUCACAUUAUCCGAUCCGAUAUCGGAUGUCGGAAGGAUUUCAAAGGCAAAAAUCAAAGAUGGCAGCUUAAAUGUAUGGGAUAUCGAUCCUACAUCUGAUAUCGGAUCGGAUAAUGUGAAAAUGCACAAAUUUUUCUAUGCGGACUAGGGUUUUGUAAUCAACAAAAUAAUAGGGCUAGCGAUUAACAGUUAAUAUAUGCAAUGCAUUUUUUAUACGGGAUUUGCAUCUUUAAGUGUGUCAAAUUCAACAAAAUAGUUGUUGUCUCCCGUCUUCUCCGGGCUAGUCGGAACUGUUCAUAUUUUAAGCUGUUAUUGUACCUAUACAUAAUUAUGUAUUUAGAACAGCUAACCGUUAUCCGUUAUCCAGCACUGAUUAUGAGCGAGAGAUUCUAGUAUAAAUGCAGGUUUCUAUAGUUUGUAAUACUAAGGCUCAAAUUUGCUUUUCACUAUUUUGCUUGGCGGUCAAAGGUUUGGCUAAGGCUGAUGGCAAAUUUUGUGUAACUUUUUAACAUCGUAGCACGUAGUGUUAGUAACUAUCAACAUUCAUGAGACGGGUAAAUAUUGUAUUUAGUUUGAUGUAUGGCCAUCACAAGUAGUAAUUGAAGUUACCAAGUCCGUCUUUAUAACACCGAGAAACAUACGCCUGCCAAGGUUUCAGGCGCUCUUGGACGCUUUUCUGUAGGUAAUUACCGAGAGACCACUUUUUUACACAACUCUUCGUCUAUUUAAUCGGUCUUUUGGCGUAUCAAUAAAAAAAGAAAAUGACAAAAAUAUGUAUUUGUGUUAAUAUAAUAUGUAUCGUUUAACAUAACGUAAUCGUUUUCUUUUCUCAAAUAACUGCCUGUUAAAAGGUUAAACAAAAUGAGCCGCAUUACACGGGAAAGGAUGCCAACAGUUGGCCAAAAUAAUUUUGCGUGAUUUACCAUUUGUACCUAUGUAUUAUGUUUAGUAAUAUAUCGGCGUUACAGGGUUAUGCUUCUUCAGUGCUAUGUGUCACACUUAUAGGUAACGAAUACUUAUACUUAAGAUUGCUGGCAACCUCGUGGUACUAUAUAAGGGAACUACUAUAUUUAUAUAAAAUACAAUGUACAACUUGGCAAAAAAGAGUACAAAUUAAAAAGUAGCAACAUUGUUGAGUUGUCACUUUUUCUCGCACAGUGAUGUGAAAGGGACGACACUACGAUGUUGCUACUUUUUAAUUUCUACUAUUUUUUUGCCAAACUCUAGAACCGACCACUGUAGUUUGAAAAAGUCAACAAUUUCAUAUUCCAUAAAUGAAUUCAUGUUACUUUGCAACAUAACUAUUGUGAAGGCUGUUAGUGUUAGAUAUGAAAUCAAAUCGUAGACAUUUGCCGUGUAACCCUGUAAUUAAUGCAUAUAGUUCAUAAAAUUGUGAUACGCAAUGUUGUACAUGUGAUCAAUUGAUCAUGUUUGUUGCUCAUGUCUUAGUAAGGUGACCAUGUCUCGGAUAGUUUACAGUUCUUAUACUUUAGGAAUGUUUUUUUUUUACUGGCAAUAAUAACUAUAUAUUAUUUUGUGAAUAUAGUUCAUCAUACAGAUUUUUUAAUCGAGGAAAGACAAAUUGUAUAUCCCAUUUGGUGGAAUAAGGCUAAGAUUGUCACCAUAUCUUGGUGACGGAUCAUAUACAAAAAAAAACACUGUCAAAAAAUGAACUGCAUUGCUACAAUGGAUACGGGUUAAUGAUUCAUAAAUUUCAUAAUUAUUCAGAUAUACAUAGUAUGAGUUAGACCUGAUAGGAACUUAAAGGUUAUUUACGAAAUUUGGCCUGUAGGAAUGUCUAUAGGAAAUCAUUCCUAACCAAUCUGUACAUGGUCCUUGUUUGGUUUAUUGUAAUGGUGCCAGGAUAUUAUAUUUCAUGUUUUUUAUUGUUAUGAAUCGCGUACAUUAAGAUUUAUUCAUAGUUUUUUAUAUGUAUAUUCUAAUCAUUCUCAUUUAGAUGUAUGCUUAAAUUGAAUGUUAACUUUUACAUGACAUAACUUAUUAAAAUGGGACUGACUGAUGAA